AUGGGCAUCCCACGCUUCGGUCUUCGCAUACGAAAUCAUGCGAGAAAGACAACACUUGGUGUCGCAAACAGCAGCACGACGACGACGAAGACGAGGGAAUCGCCUAGCAGCAGCAGCAGCAGCAGCAGCAGUCACCUCGUGCAUGAUGAUGAUGAUGAUGGUCCAGGAGUUGCAAUUAUUGAUGGACCGGGUCUGGCGCAUCAUAUUUACCAUGGACUGUGUGAAAAUUCCUCCUCGUCCUCCUCGUCGACAUCUACCGUUAUUACUUAUGGAGAUUGUGUGCAUGCGACGAUCGAGUGGUUAGAUCAGCUUCAGGGUUAUGGGUUUCGGAUAGACUCCAUCCUCUUCGACGGCGCACUCCCCGCAUCCAAAAAAGACGUCCGAAUCGAUCGACUGCAGAGUUAUAUUGCACGACUAAAGGCAUUCAAGAAAACAUCUCCGUCGGGCUUACCUUCUUCUUCUUCUUCUUCUUAUUCGAUGAUGACGACGACGAUGACUGCAGGCGGAUCUGCGAGAAAGAGUUUACCGCCACCUCCGUUUUUGGUCUUUGCGGUGGUAGAGGAGCUGGUGCGGUCCAAAUACGCAAAUGUCACAUUUGUCGUUCCGGGAGAGGCAGAUCCAUUUUGCGUUGUUGCCGCAGCGGAAGCAGCAGCAGCAGCAGCAGCACAAGCCAUGAUUUCUGGCGUACAGGAAGCAGCGUCGCCCAUUACGAUAUUUUCCGAUGAUUCAGAUCUCAUCGUCUUUGAAGCUGGCGCACAAACGAGAAUUGUCCCAUUUCGUGAUCUCACAGUCACGGAAAUGGGAGAGACGACGACGGUUCUUCAGGGAUACGAGUAUCGUCCCGCAGAAAUUCUCAGGCGAGAAAAGUGUCAUCUGUCGAGUUUGAUCAAGCCUGCGUUUUUCAUGUCUCUCGACCUUUUCUGCAAUUUGGGACAAGCUUUGCAACUCACUGCAGCAGCUGCAGCAGCUGCAGCAGAUUCUCCUGGUGGUGGUCUUCUGGAUGAUCGCGAAGAUUAUCAGGCUUUUGCGCAGCAGUUCCAUACUAGCAAGGAAGUCCAAGAGCUCGCAGAGAUUCGCAGCAACGACAUUUUGAAGAAUUCUCUGGCGUCUCGAGAUUCGAGAGUAUCUGAACUGGUGCAUCAAGUGCAGUUGCAAGCUCGCGGCGAGAUGACGGGUCCGAUGAGAGUUUACCUUCCAUUCAUUUCUGAUGAUCCUGCGAGGUCGACGGCGUGGAAUGUGGGUAGGGAGACUCGUGUGUUGGCUUAUUCGAUUGUACUAGUACUACUACAACCACAUGUACAACAACAACAGCAUGACUUCUUCAACAUACAGGAAUAUCGGCGCACGGGCGCUCGGAUCUCGGCCGUGCUGCUCGAACUCAUGAACAGCAGCGGCAGCGACAGCGACACGGAAGGCAUCAUUUCGACAUCGGCUCGUCUCGCAUCCUGUUUGCAAAAUGGACUGGAUACGGCGAAGGGUAUCAAUCUGCAGCAAGAAGCAGAUGCGUGGCGAUUUGUUGUGAUGGAGCAUGUUCUCACAUAUCUUCACUACGAAGGUCUCACGUUGCCGAGUAUCGAGGAUGCGGUGCAGGUCGUACUCCAAGGUAUAGGUAGUAGUAAAGAAGAGGGCAAGGAACGCAAAUGGCAGAUGGUCCACCUGGAUGCUCAAUACCAGGCUGCAUACUAUUCGUUUCGCAUGCUUCAACAGCUGCUGAUGGUUACUGCUGAUACGGCUGUCAAUCAUGAUGAUGCGGAUGAUGGGGAUGAUGAUUUCACGAAUCUACGGGGCAUUUUACAAAGUCUGCCACGAAUCUCCACAUUCUUCAGCAGCAAUAGAGAGGAGGAGGAGGAGUCGCAGAUGAAGAAGUGGCGGAAAGGUAUAGAGGCCAUGUUUGUAUCCAUGUCCAUCCUUGGCGACGAGGGCCAAGACGAGCUUGAGAACAACCAGAGGCAGACUCGGACUCGGUCUCGGAAGAAGAUGAAAAGGAGGCAUCAGCAUGAGCAUGGACAGGUAAAGCAGGAGCGAUCGGUGGAAGAUGCCAAGCUCGCCACGAAUCCUUAUGCAAUGCUUGCCGAGUGA